AUGACAACCGAGACGCAAGAACAACGCGAGCGGAAGCGCGACAUCGCCGCGCGCUGGUUCCAAACUGGCCUCACCGAGGGCGAAAGGCGCCUGAAAACCGCAGCAGGCCUCGGCUCAACGCCCAACAUCGUCCCCGUCACCGCGCCGGUCCUCGACGCGCACCCCCGCCCCGUAUUCGUUGGCUGGCAUCCAGUCGGCGGCUUCGCUGGCAAAUGGUUCGCAGAGCAGACGGGACUCGGUAAACUCAUCACCGAAAAAACCAACAGCUAUCCGGACCCAACGCAGCACUGGGGCGUGCUAGUCGGGGAAUACGUACAUCAGCUAUGGAUGGACGAGAAUUUUGACGUCAUCUAUACGAAUGCGCGUGUGGAUCCGGACGAGUGGCAACUGUUCCCGGUUGGAGAUACGCGGUUCAACGACGACGCGAUCCGGCGAGCAGGCCAGGCCCUCAUUGCUCAUAUUCGUGAGAAGCAGCCAGCGUACAACCUCAUUACGAACAAUUGCCAGACAUACGCCCUCCGCCUCCUCGACGCCAUCAGCGUGGGGGCGUCUCACUUCCCGACGACACUGAGCGUUUACCAGACCCUUAUAGGACCGGGUAAGGUUGCGGACCUGUUCAAGCCUCUCGCGGAUGGGGAGGGCGCUGUGGAAGGUGAUUGCGUAAGCACCGCCACGGCGUGUAUGCAACAACACACGAACCAGGUCGACACGCACGGACCUGCGUAUGACCCAAUGAAUCCACCUCCAACAGACGGUGCGCCGCCCGCCCAGCCACAAGAUGCGACCCGGGGACAAGCAUCAGAGAUGGCUGAGAAGAAGAAGAAGGGAAUGUGGGCGCGCGUGUUCCGCAAGAACAAGUGA